UAUCUUCCUCUGUUAGCUCUCAGUCCGUGGACGUCUCAUUUCUCCCACCCUGGAGUAAGAGACUACUCCCAGCUGACCCUUGACCUCACCAGGAAUGAGCUGAUAGUGGGCGCCAGAAACUACCUCUUCAGACUCGACCUCAACAAUAUGUCACUGAUACAGGCGACGGAGUGGGGCCCGGAUGAGGAAACCAGGAGGUCCUGUCAGAGUAAAGGGAAGACGGAGGUGGAGUGCCAGAACUACAUUCGUGUUCUGCUGGUCAACAAGACUGAGGUCAUCACCUGUGGAACCAACGCAUUCCAGCCUCUUUGCAUCACCCGUGAGGUGGGCAACAUGAGCAGUGUUCUGGAGCGGGUGAACGGCGUGGCACGGUGCCCGUACGACCCCCGCCACAACUCCACCGCCGUGGUGACGGAGAGCGGAGAGCUGUACGCCGCCACCGUCAUCGACUUCUCGGGGCGCGACCCGGUCAUCUACCGCAGCCUCGGGGGCAUGCCCCCUCUCCGCACCGCCCAAUACAACUCCAAGUGGCUCAACGAGCCCCACUUCAUCUCGGCCUUUGAUAUCGGCCUCUUCACCUUCUUCUUUCUGAGGGAGAACGCCGUGGAGCACGACUGCGGCAAGACGGUGUACUCGCGCGUGGCCCGCGUCUGCAAGAACGACAUCGGCGGGCGCUUCCUGCUGGAGGACACCUGGACCACCUUCAUGAAGGGCCGGCUCAACUGCUCGCGCUCCGGGGAGAUCCCCUUCUACUACAACGAGCUGCAGAGCACCUUCUACCUGCCCGAGCAGGACCUCAUCUACGGCAUCUUCACCACCAACGUGAACAGCAUAGCAGCAUCUGCAGUGUGCGCGUUUAACCUGAGCUCCAUCACCCAGGCCUUCAACGGUCCCUUCCGUUCCCAGGAGAACCCUCGCUCCACCUGGCUGCCCACCCCCAACCCCAUCCCCAACUUCCAGUGCGGCACCAUCGACGACGAGGGUCCCAACGAGGGCCUGACGGAGCGCAGCCUGCAGGACGCCCAGCGCCUCUACCUGAUGAACGACGUGGUCCAGCCCGUCUCCGUGGACCCGCUGGUCAUGCAGGACGACGUCCGCUUCUCCAGACUGGUGGUGGACAUCGUCCAGGGACGAGACACGCUCUACCACGUGAUGUACAUAGGCACAGAGUACGGCACCAUCCUCAAAGCCUUAGCCACCACCAAUAAGAGCCUGCAGGGGUGUUACCUGGAGGAGAUGCAGCUCCUCCCACCAGGUGUCCAGGAGCCAAUCCUAAGCCUACAGAUUUUGCACAGUGACCGGUCUCUGUUUGUGGGCCUUAAUAACCGAGUUCUGAAGAUUCCACUGGAGAGAUGCUCCAACUACAAAACAGAGACGCUAUGUUUGGAGGCGCGGGACCCCUACUGUGGCUGGGACGGCCAGCAGAGGCGCUGCACCACCCUGGAGGACAGCUCCAACAUGAGCCAGUGGAGCCAGAACGUCACCGUGUGCCCGUUGCGGAACCAGACCACCAAUGGAGGCUUUGGCGCCUGGGCGGCGUGGCAACCAUGCAGCAACGACGACGGCGACGGCACCAGCUCCUGCCUGUGCCGCUCCAGGACAUGCGACAACCCGCAUCCUCGCUGCGGGGGGCGGAGCUGCGACGGCGCCACCAUUGAAGUGUCCAACUGCUCCAGAAACGGAGGCUGGACUCCCUGGUCGUCAUGGGGACAGUGCAGCACCACCUGUGGGACCGGGUUUGAGAUGCGCCAGCGAUCCUGCAACAACCCCUCCCCCCGCCACGGGGGGCGCGUGUGCGUGGGCCCCGCCAGGGACGAGCGGUUCUGUAACGAGGGCGUGGCGUGUCCACAGCCCAUCUUCUGGUCCCCCUGGGGGUCCUGGACCAAGUGCAGCGCUGAGUGUGGAGGAGGAGUCCACUCCAGGGUCCGCACCUGCGAGAACGGCAACAGCUGCCCAGGCUGUGCACUGGAGUACAAGGCCUGUAACCUGGAGGCGUGUCCGGAGGUGAAGAGGAACACGCCAUGGACGCCCUGGAUGCCCGUCAACAUGACGCAGGGCGGGGCACGCCAGGAGCAGAGGAUACGCUACAUGUGCCGCGCCCAGCUGUCCGACCCGCACGAGCUGCAGAUCGGGCGGCGCAAGGUGGAGACCCGCUUCUGCCCCAACGAUGGCACCGCCACCUGUGAGACUGACACUCUGGUGGAAGACCUACUGAAGACACCUGUCGUACGAGUGGCUGGAUCAGGCUGGUCGUCGUGGGAGACCUGGUCUGCCUGCUCCCAGGACUGCGCCAAGGGCUACCGCACCCGAAAGCGGACCUGUGCCACCCUGGAGGGCAAGAGUGCCCCCAUAGCCUGCAGGGGCACUCCUGUCGAGUACCAGGACUGUAACACCCAGGCUUGUAAAGUGAGUGGUGCCUGGUCGUGCUGGUCGUCAUGGUCCCAGUGUUCAGUGGCGUGCGGGGGAGGACACUACCAGAGAACGCGCUCCUGUAACAACCCCAGCUCCGCCCCCGGGGGAGACAUCUGCAUCGGCCUACACACCGAAGAGGCACUGUGUAACACACACACCUGCGACGGCGGCUGGAUGGCCUGGUCUCUGUGGUCUGCCUGCGACGAUGCCGGGCUGCAAAUGCGUAGCCGGCUCUGCGGCGCUCAAGGUUCUACCCCCUGCGUAGGCAACAGCACAGAGCACAGGGACUGCAACGAGAUCCCAGUAAUUCUCCCUGCGUCUGGCUUUGAUAAGGACCAGCACUGCGGAGCAUUCACCUCUCUCCACUUGAUUGCCACUGGGGUGUCCUGUUUCCUGGGUGCGGGACUACUGUCCUUCCUGGUGUACGUGUACUGCCAGCGCGUCCACAAGCCCUCGCAGGAGUCUGCCGUGAUCCACCCCACCACCCCCAACCACCUAAACUACAAGGGGAACACCACACCAAAGAAUGAGAAAUACACCCCCAUGGAGUUCAAGACCUUGAACAAGAACAAUCUCCUGCCAGACGAGAGGUCCAACUUCUAUCCAUCUCCUCUCCAGCAGACCAACGUGUACACCACCACCUACUACCCCACAGCCCUGGGAAAAUACGACUACCGGCCGGACUCCUCCCCCUCCCCCUGCAGGACCUAUAACAACAGCAACAACAGCUGAGACACACCCCCAGCCUAGCCCUCCCGCCCGACCCCAGCAGACAACCCAUACACCAUCCUCCUGGUGGCCCUCUUGUGACAGAACUGAGCUGAACCCCUCGAUAUGGACUCCUCUCCAGUCCACCCCCUCUCCCUUCCCCCAUGAGCUCCUCUGCAUGGCGGAAUGUGUGUUCAAGGGGUCUACCUGGAGCAUUCCCUUCUCACUCGGUAUGGGUGGGUUUGGACAAAAAUGCCUCCAGUCAUGCCCAUUUGCAAACAGAGCCAGGAGGGCUGUGGGAUGGUUAUGGACAUCGUAGUGUCAGUACACGGUUUGCACUGUAGAUAUCUGAAGGGAAACUUUGACACUAUAAGCUAUUGGAGUUUAGCUUUUAUUUUAUUUUUAUUUAUUUUUUUGGGGGGGGGGGCGAAAACCCAACCGGAGAGACUGGCUUUAGGUGCAGAUAUCCAGAGUGAAGGUGAACUUCAGAAACACUCUGUUGGAGACCUGUCUCUGGUCGGCUUCCCUCUGUGUGUGUCCUCCCACACCAAGUCUCCCUCUGCAUCCCCCUGAUAAACACAAAUCCCCUCAUCAACAAAAGCAGUUACCAAGAACUACCAGCGCAUAUCAUUGUGUCCUUCCUUCAGUGCGACAAAAAGAGAACCCAAUUAUGUCAGGAGAUCAAUAUCAGUUCUUUUGUGCUUUGCCGUGGUGGAACAAUGGAUGCCCUCCCAGCUUGAUUUCUGACAGGAGGAAUUUCACCUCCAGCACCACCAUCAUGACUUGGCUAUUUCUGGUGACAUGGACAUACAGUGGACCAGGUGACAAAGGGCCAUGGAUAAUAGUCUGUGUGUGUGUGUGUGUGUGUGUGUGUGUGUGUGUGUGUGUGUGUGUGUGUGUGUGUGUGUGUGUGUGUGCGUGUGUGUAAGCUUGCAAGUGUUGCUUCUCUAUCCGCCCUCGGGGGUCCCAUACAGAGCAUGGUGAAAGCCUCAGGCAGUGUUGCUACUGAGGGCCUCCCCUCCACAGCCCCCAAGGGCCUGGGAGAGCUGGGCUGCCUGGGGUGAACCACACACACUGUUCUGCUGGUGGACCACACUCUAUAUACUGUACAGCCUUGGGACUGCUGUGGUUGUCUGCAUGCAUGCAGCAGAGAGGGAGGACUUGGGCUCACAUGCUUGUUUUGUUAAGGACCAUAAAGACUCCUGGAAAGGAUCUUGCCGUGAAUCUCCAAUGGAUGCAUUCUGCUGGAACACUGUUCCACUUAGCGGUCAUAUCAGAUAUGGUCAGUGGCAGAAAUGAACUGCGUUUUAUAUAUGAUUACAAGGUAGAAUAUACUCGUAGUGUGACAUUUGCUUUUGUAAUGUUCUUUUUAUAAAAAGGGAGGUAAUUUGAUGUAAUUCUCAACCGAGCAGUAGUGUAGCAAAGGUUUUGAUUCCGAAAUAAAGGUUAGAUGAUUAACUUUCUCUGACAGUUUCAGAUUACAAAAUAUUUUUUUUUUUCAGCAGCUUAGUAGCCAAUAAAAUUUGUUUUUAGAAACAUUUAGAAAAAGAGACGACCGAACUACAAAAUCAGAGUGUAGCGAAAAUCUAUUGUCCCUCUCUUUAACCAUGCUUAAUCAUUCUUCGAAUUACAGAUCAAUUCCAUGUGUGAGAGCAGGCUUGUGUAACUGUCUGUACAGGUUUAUGUACUGCGGGUUUGUAUGUGUGACUGCUUGGUUGGCUUGCUUGUCAGUGAGUGCCUGUGUGCUUGAACGGGGAGGGGUAUUUUGUACAAUGUAAAUGCUUUCUUACAUAUAAGAGGUCAUGUAAAGGGGUAUGUGCAUUUUCUUUCUUCACAUUAUGACGGCCCUACUGUUGGUUCCACUGGUUUUCUAUGUUCAAUGUAUGAGAUGUUAAUCAAUGUAAGCUAAUGGGGGCCUUCAACCCUCAUGGGAAAAACACUAUUUAUAGUAAAGCUUGGUUUAUAAAGGGCAUUUCACAUCUGAGCUACAGUCUAUUUUAUCAUGCCUGUUCAAUGAAUGCUAAUCCAGCAAACGCUUUUUUCAGUUCAGCAACGCACGAGAGCUCGACCUGUACAUAGGAGAAAGCCUUCCGCAACUCAUUAACCACGAUAGUUAAAGGUUAGUAUGAUGUAAAUGUUCAUGUAUAUUGUAUAGCUAACACUGUUUGUUUUAAAAGCCUUAUAGUUGUAAGAGAAAAGCGCAGCAGCUAAGUACACACCAACCAUGGGGUUUGUGACGGGACAGAGCUAAUCCAUGUGACUGGAUGACUACUGAGAAACAUCAGGCCUCGACACUCCUCCAGUGUUCUGCUUUACUGCAGUCUGUACAGCAUUAAAACUGCACAUGCGAUAUGUUAUUUUAGAUAAUGUUGCACUUGUAUUUCAAAGGACAAAUCAGCCGCCAGCUGUAAUUGAAUGGCUCAAAACCAGAACCCUGACAAAUGUUUAAGAAGCACUUCUGCAAAUGUACAUUCAUCUCUCCUACUUUCUAAUGUCCUUUGUGCCUGGCCUGGUCAGACUCUUGAUUGGUUGCCCCCGAGUUGUCAUGGUGUUGUAUUGGACUCAUCACGUCCUUGAGUCUUUUAUGAUUGGUCAGGCGUGCCGUCACAUUGAGGAGCUCUGUCCCUUGUGAGGCUCGACGCCCCUCUAUGCAACUUACCUGGUGGUACUGUUAGAUCUGUCAUGUAGACUGUAAUCACUGCCUUUUAGACACUGUGAAUUUUUUGGUACUCUAUAUUUUUGUAUAUUGUACAUUAUAAAGGAUAAUAAACCUUGAUGCCAAC